AUGAAGGCUUUGAUCAUAGCAUGUCUUGCUGCUGUGGCUCUUGCAGCGGGAUUCCAUUCCGUCGAAAACAAAUCUACGGCAGUAGUUCACUCCAAUGACAUUUCCCCCGUCUAUCAUGCUUCCAAAGCUCUCAUCAUCCGUGCUGAUGAAGACCCCGACGUCAUCUAUCACAAAGCAACUUGCAAAGGCCAGAAGCUCCUCUCUGCUACGACCUCUCCCCGAAACGUAGCUGCCAAUUAUAUCCAGCCCAUAGACAGCCCCUGGAUCGGCCCUCUCGUACAGUCACUCGCGACCUGGGGUUAUUCAAUCGAAACCGACGACGGUACUCCUCAGUGGCGCGCAAACCACUUUGAUGAAUGCGAGCUAGCGACGAGUCAUAGACUCAGGCCCAUGUGUGACGCGCUUGGAAUCGAUACGCGAAGCAGUUACCAAGGUGGAGCAAACCAGUGCUACUACAUCUACCACAAGAAUGGCCCAGCGGUAUUGCGCGAUGCGUGGGGCAGGCUGCCUCCAGUGAACCAACAGUACUACAACGCCAACGGAUAUCAGUAUCGCGUCACCAACGCAGAGUUCACGAUUGGAGUCAACGUCCCCUCAGCCAUCUUGAUCAUGACAAAUCGUCAGAGCCCCGCUACCAGCGCCAAACAACUCUGGGGUCUUAGUACCCUCCCACACAACAACUUGCUCCCAGCAUUGAGGUCGAGUUCGGAUAUCAUGUGGGGCCUCUGGAGCAUGGCGAGUGGUGGGUGGGUUCAGCGCAUCAAUCGAUUUUUGAUCACGCCAAUCGUCAACGACGACACGGUAUCCAUCAUCGAGACAAUCUUGGAAAAGUAUAACUUGGACAUUAACGGUUUGCCGGGCUGGCCUGGACUUGAAUACACUACAAACCAUGAGGAAUACAAGCCACUUCUUGGAUCACCAAAUGUACAAGCGGUCGGAUACUUUCUGGCCCAGCACAAGCGAGAGCUAGGCGGCAAGUACAUUUCCAAGAUCAAUGUAUUCAAAGCAGAUACCAAUGCUGCUGUGGCUGUUUGUAUGCUGCUCACCGUCGGAAAUAUGCCAUCAGCGGCUCAAGCCGAAACCAACAGCGAAUCCGAUGGGGUUGAGCGUCUUGCUGAGCCAGUAGUGGUGAAGCGGAGCGAGGAUGGGAUGAGUGUCAUUAGAGAACAUGUCGUCUGGUCGAGGCUGUAG